UAAGCUUUUUAAUGUCUCUUCUCCUUGUCCCCCAACGCCUUCCUCUCCUUCCUCUUCCUCUUCUUCUUCUUUCGCUGCUCGAUUCCUUUUCCAGGGAUUCAAUUUUGCCCUAAUCGAGCUCUCCGACCCUAAUUUUGUACACUCGCGUUGUAGGAUUGCGAGGUCGAUUGGAAAAAUCGCAGCUUUGGGGUGUUUAAUUGGUGGGGUUCGUGUGCUCGGAGAAGCGAAUCCUUUGGGGUUUGAUUCAAGGUAACCUUUAGUUACUUCGCAGUUCGCAAUAUGAGAGUUUGUUAGCAGUUCAAAAUAGAGAUGUUGGAAGCUCAUGUUUUGCUGUACGCGGCCGUUCUGGUCGCACUAUCUCCUUACCUUUUGCGCGAUUCUGCAGCACAUAAAACUACCGAUCCAUCUGAAGUCAAUGCAUUAAGCGCUGUUAGAAGCCGCUUAAUUGAUCCGACGAACAGCCUUAAAACUUGGAACAGUGGGGAUCCGUGUUCGUCAAAUUGGAGAGGAGUAUUUUGUUAUAAUACUACAAAUGAUGGCUAUCUGCAUAUACAAAAAUUACAGUUGCUGAAGUUGAAUCUUUCUGGAAGUUUGGCACCUGAGCUUGGUCUACUGUCUCACUUGAAAAUACUGGAUUUUAUGUGGAAUAACUUAACUGGAAGCAUCCCGAAGGAGAUAGGCAACAUCACAUCUCUGCAUCUUUUACUUUUGAAUGGUAAUCAGCUAUCUGGUUUCUUACCUGAAGAGAUCGGCAACCUUUCAAACUUAAAUAGGUUACAAAUCGACGAGAACCAAAUAUCAGGACCUAUUCCUAAAUCAUUUGCUAACUUAAGGAGUGUUAAACAUCUCCACAUGAACAACAACUCACUAAGUGGGCAAAUCCCCCCGGAGUUGUCUGUAUUACCAGUUUUCCAUUUGCUAGUGGACAACAAUAAUUUAUCUGGAAAUCUUCCUCUGGAAUUCUCGGAGAUGCCAAAUCUGAAAAUUCUUCAGCUGGAUAAUAAUAACUUCAGCGGUACCUCCAUCCCUACUUCAUAUGGCAACAUAUCCUCACUUCUGAAAUUGAGUCUUAGGAACUGCAGCUUGCAAGGAAGUGUUCCUGACCUCAGUCGGGUACCUCAACUUGGAUAUUUAGAUCUUAGUCGGAAUCAGCUGAACGGACCCAUACCAACUAAUAAGCUUUCCACGAAUAUCACAACCAUUAUCUUGUCACACAACUCGCUUAAUGGAACUAUUCCUGCAAACUUCUCAGGUCUUCCUAACCUGCAAAUUUUGUCUCUCGAUAACAAUCGCCUCGAUGGCAGUGUUCCGUCCACUAUAUGGAAUGAUAUGACUUUUGUUGGAAACAAGAGUCUUACACUGGAUUUCCAAAAUAAUUCUCUCGCAAAUAUCCCGAAUGCUUUCAAUCCUCCUGCGAAUGUUACCGUCUUGCUAUAUGGAAACCCGGUAUGCACAAAUGCACAGGAAUCCAUCAUCCAGUUUUGUCAGCCCCAGAAUGUGGAGCAAGCAUCUGAAUCCCCAACUAACUCCACCAGAAGCUGUCCUUCAUGCCCGACAGAUAGAGAUUAUGAACGUAACCCUAAUUCUCCCAUGCCUUGUUCAUGUGCUGUCCCACUUGGAGUUGGGUUUCGGCUAAAAAGUCCUGGAAUUUCAGAUUUCCCUCCUUAUAUCAAGGCCUUUGAGAUAGACUUAACAUCUUUACUAGACCUGUUUCUGUAUCAGUUGUACAUUGAGCAGUAUAUGUGGGAAAGCGGUCCUAGGCUAAAUAUGCACUUGAAGUUAUUCCCAAGCAAUACUAGUCUAUUUAAUGAAACUGAGGUUAUGCGGCUCCAAGGCGUUCUUGCUGCAUGGGAGAUUACACUUUCAGAUGUUUUUGGACCAUACGAACUUCUUAACUUCACUCUGGGCUCUUAUGAGAUUCCAGGCUCUUCAGCAUCGGGGUUAAGCAAGGGUGCGCUAGUGGGUAUUUUGAUGGGUGCAAUUGCUGGUGCGAUUAUUCUGUCUGCAACUGUUACUGUUCUUAUUGUGAGAAGGAACUGGAAAUAUCGGACAAUUUCAAAAAGAAGCUCAUUAUCGAAAUUUUCCAUCAAAAUUGAUGGUGUAAAACGCUUCACGUUCGAAGAAAUGGCAACGGCAACAAACAAUUUCAGCGACUCAACUCAAGUUGGCCAGGGCGGUUAUGGGAAGGUAUAUAAAGGUGUGUUAGCAGAUCGUACACUUGUAGCAAUCAAACGAGCAGAAGAAGGAUCGCUGCAAGGUUCAAAAGAGUUCUGCACGGAAAUAGAGCUGCUUUCGAGGCUGCACCAUCGUAACUUGGUCUCUUUGGUGGGAUAUUGUGAUGACUCAGAUGAACAGAUGUUGGUGUACGAGUUCCUGCCAAAUGGUAGUUUGCGUGAUCAUCUUUCAGCAAAAGCGACCGAGCCUUUGAAUUUCGCUAUGAGAUUACACAUCGCAUUGGGUUCGGCUAAGGGUAUCCUCUAUCUACACACCGAAGCAGAUCCUCCGAUAUUCCACCGUGAUAUUAAAGCCAGCAACAUAUUGCUGGACUCGAAGUUUGUUGCUAAGGUCGCCGAUUUUGGUCUAUCGAGGCUCGCACCGGUCCCAGAUGUUGAAGGAGUAUUACCUGGUUAUGUAUCCACUGUUGUCAAGGGCACCCCUGGUUACCUCGAUCCGGAAUAUUUCCUAACUCAUAAGUUAACCGACAAGAGCGACGUUUAUAGCCUUGGCGUCGUGUUUCUGGAAUUAUUGACGGGGAUGAAACCAAUUGUGCACGGCAAAAACAUUGUUAGAGAGGUGACCAUGGCCUGCCAAUCCGGUAAAAUGUUCGAAAUCAUCGACAGCAACAUGAGCUUCUACCCUUCAGAAUGCGUCGAGAAGUUCUUGUCGCUCGCACUCAAAUGCUGUCGGGAGGAGACCGACUCGAGGCCUUCAAUGUCGGAGGUGGUGAGAGAACUAGAAUCUAUAUGGAGGAUGGUGCCUGACGCCAACGUUUAUCCGUCAGAGUAUUCAGAAAUCAGUUCGAAUAAGAUGUCCAAAUCCUCUUCGACAUCUUUGAUGAUUGAAAAUCCUUUUACCUCGUCGGAUCCCUCUGGUAGCGACCAUGUGGAUAAUAAUAUACCUAGCGCGACAGUCGCUCCGCGAUGACGAAGAUAGCUCGUUUCUUGCGUGAUUGUGUAAACAUGUUACGAUCUGUACAUUCUGAAGAUGAGAUAACCCUAAUUGGCAUUCUUAUGUGGAGAUAACCAUGCAUAAAUAUAAUCUAACAUGAGGUUCUGCAUUUACAAUCUAGGUCAUCUGUUAAAGGAAGCAGGAAGAUGUCAAAAUUAUGAGCUUUUAUUUUCUGCGUCACCGCACUGGAUCCAAACACAAA